UCAGAUCUCCUAUAUUGGGUGAUAACUGUAAAUCAUGAUAUUUCCAUCUCAGAAAGAUCAUUGUUUUGAUCUUCUUUCACAAAUAUUUGGAAUGUUGAAUGAUCCCACUCUUUGUGAUAUAAGCAUUUCAGUAGAGGAAACAGUUUUUUGGGCUCAUAGGUGUGUUUUAAUAGCUGCAUGUCCAACUCUAUUUGAUAUAAUUGUUAAAGAGUCUGGCAAAUCUCAGAAAAAGAUUGUUCAGUUAGCUUUACAAGGCCUUUCUGUAUCCGGAUUCAAUGCUUUACUAUUGUAUGUUUACACUGGUCAACCUCCCGAUGUAAACGAUGAAUCUUUAAUGAAUGAUUUUGUGAAAUCUUGCUACGCACUUGGCGUAUCUCUUCCUUCAAAAGAGGAUAAUAAUGAAUAUAAUGAGAACUCAGAAGAAAUACUAGAAGAUGCAGAAAUUGUUGUUGAGCUGACAGAUGCUUCAUACGACAUGACCAAUGAAUCCCAAGUAAUAGCAGCAUCGGAUAAUAUUGACAAUGAAAAUGAUGUUAGCGCAUUUGAUAUUAUUGUUGCUAGCGUAGCAGCUGAUUUGCAUAAUGAAAUUUCAACUACUGAGAAGAACAAAACAAAAGUAAAACAUAAACGGAAAAAAACUAUGGAAAAAGUAGACAAUUUGCAAUCGCUGUUCUCUGUAAAGCGAAGGGGUGGAAAAAAUGAUACUACAUCUGAAGCUACCACAUUGCUUUCGAAAUAUCCCAAGAUGCAGAAUCGUGGAAGACCUGUGGUUGAACAUGACUCGAUAUUUCCGGUUGAACCACCUUUUGCUUGUCCAUUUGAUGGUUGUGGGAAAGUUUUCGAAAACAGAAAUAAGUUGAAGAAACAUUACCAUAAUCAUGAAGAGAAAAAACAUGUCUGCAAUGUGUGUGAAAGAAAGUUUCUUUACAAGAAAGACCUUAUUGUUCAUGGCAGAAUUCAUACUGGAGAAAAGCCAUAUGUGUGUUCUGAAUGUGGCGCAAAAUUCACUCAAAAAAGCACUUUAAAGAAUCAUUUAGCGACUCACAUGAAUCAUGCACCAAAAUUGGCUUGCAAUUCAUGUGAUAAAACUUAUACAUCUUCUCGCAGUUUAAGUCUUCAUAGGAAAGAAAAGCAUGCGGAGAGAAAACCGUUGCACACUUGCCAUGAUUGCAAUAAAUCUUAUGAAAGCCGUAGUGCUUAUAUUACACACAUGAAAAAUGAAUGCAACUCUUGUAACUUUCUCUGCGCAAAAUGUGGAAAAAAAUACCGAAGGAAAGAACCUUAUGAGUUGCAUGUAGAAAAUUGUUCAGUUUUAUUGGGACAUCAUUGCCAUCUUUGUGAUGGAGUAUUCAAAAGUAAAAGGCACCUUUCAAAUCAUUUAUUUAAUUUUCAUUCAACACCAAAAUUUAGAACUGAAACUGACAAUGUUUCAUCCACUUCAAUCGAAGUGUUGAUUGAUUCAAAUGAGACAGAAAUUGAUGGGGAAAAUGAGAUGUUAGAUAUUAACAGCAUGACUCUAUUAGAUUUAGAAGAAGUGAUUGAUGAAUCGUGAUAUUUUAUUUUUCAUGUCAAAAUACUCAUUCCAUACUCAUUUUCUUGCUGAAUGCCUAAAACAGUUUUAUAUAGUAAAUUAGCACUUGACAAUGAUUCCUACUUUUAUGUUUGUGUGAACCAAUUCAAAAAGAAUAAAAAUACGAGGUUUAAUUACCAUUUUCGAUGAAAAAAUGAUAAGAUAUAGUUUUUUAAAUCUCUGUUGUUAAUUGCAUAAUGACAGUAAAGUAAAUUUAUGGUUCAUGUGAACAAUAAAUUUGAAAAGUUAUAUGAAAUUACAUUCAUCCUGGGAGAGGGAAACCUACAGGGUCUUUUAGGUCCAUAUGACAAGCAAGAUAAUUCGCAAUCUAUUAAAUGUAUGUCAAUGUGUACUUGUAAUGUUACUUUGACCAUCAGAAACGAAAUAUCACUUAGAUUGGUGUCACAUUGACCAUCAUGAUGAAUUUGUCACUUUAAAAAUAACCUGUUUUUAUAAAGCAUUGAUUGCGUUAUAUAUACUAUAGUAACGUUUAUACAUAAUUGGGCUCAUUCCAGAUAUAGGUUCACUUUGGUCAAAUGCUUUAUAUGAUAUAGUUCAGUUUGAAUGAGAGAUGUGUUUUUAAUUAUUUCAACAUAUGAGUUGAGUUUGAGAUGACCAGUUUUGUUCGUCAAUAUUGUAUGACUGUAUCUGCUGUGCUUAUUUACUGUGUUUUGUAUGACAAUACCGGUAACUCUUUUUGUUUUUGAUUCCAAUUAAGUCCGAAUGUUUUUUGUUACCGAUUUUCUUGAUGGAAAGUUUGGAUUCAUGCACCAUUGUUGAUUAGUUGAGUUUUAUUUUCGAUUUAGA